CAAGUAGUUCAUGAAUAAAGGGAAGUAAACACGAUAAAAGUCCAGCAUUCUAAUUUUUGAACUUCACACUAGAAAAUAUGAGAUAGUACACGAAUUGUGGUAUUCUGCAAUAAAAAUGUCAAACAUGCUAAGAAUCCUUGUGACAGAGGCAACGUCAGCGACUGCCUACCAUUUGUUACCGAUGCUAGCCUCUGGUGACGUCAUCAAAGGAUGGCAACUCGAAUUGAUGUUAUGCGACUGUAAAGAAGCAGACGAAAAUAUGAGGGGUGUUGCUAUGGAACUACAAGACUGCGCUUUUCCUUUGCUUUCAUCUGUCACAUUAACUAAUAAUUUUUGCGAAGCGAGUAAAACUGCUGACGUCAUUAUAAUGCUUCCAAGCCAGAACAUGGACACUGGUCGUCAUGGCAACAAAGAAGUUGAAGUUAGUUACAGUUCAUUACAUCAAGUGGAUUUUUCGAGUCUAGAUACUGUUAUGCACAAGUCGACAGUAUCUAAAACAAGAAGCGCAACAGUUUCCUGUAAGGGGCCUUUAUCUACAGCUUGUGCAAUUGCUGAAAGCGUGAAACAUAUCCAUGAAGAAAGUGUGAAGGCAAUCGAGCGUGAAAUCCAAACGCGCCAUGAAGAGGCCGAGUUCGGCUGCCCUCCAGAUGCGUCACUUGAAGACAUAUUAUUAACACGUUGUGAUUAUCACUUCGGACCCAUGAUUGUGGGUACAAAGACACUGGUCAUAUUUGUCUCUUCAAGAAAUAUAAAUGACAGCGAAAUUGCGGAUGGUGAUUCUAUCGAAAGUAUCGAAAAUACUGUUAUAUUUACACGAGUUUAUGCAAGAUUGUAAAAGUGAUUCGUUCGUUCUUAAAUAAAUUCAUUUAAGGUGGCUAGCAUAUGAUUUUUGAAAUAUAAUAACAGUUAUUUGUUCAUUAUUGUUUUGUUAAAGUCUCGCCGACAAUGCAGUGUUCAUAUUCUUUCUGCGGGCAUUGCGUAAUAAGACUUAAUCGCGAAAGUGGCUUCCGUAUAUUAAAUAUUAGUUCCCAAAAUAAAAAUGCGGGCCUAAAUAAUGAAACUUAUACAUGGCACAGUACAGAAUGUCACAUGAUCAAAGGACCAAUGUUGAAGCCCGCCAUAGACACUUGGUCUGUGUAGGUUCAAACGCCUUAGAAUCCAAUAUGUUUAUUAAUCAAUCCGAGUACUGAAACUUUUCAUUAUAUAUCAAUAAAACCUAAAACAUA